AUGUCACCACCGCGAAUAGACGAAGAUUCAGAAGGUACCGCAAAUGAUAAGCACGUCUUUUUCAAGCCGGUGUUUGAGAAUCAGCAAGACAACAGUGCAGAGAGCGCGCAUCCAGCGGUAAGAAUCAAGGACGAGGAGGAUCACAUUGGCCCCACAUACGAGCACUCAAUACUCCCCGAAGCCGUCUACCAAGAAGACCCACCCCGUAACGCCGCGCAAAUCCCGAAGGAACCAUACUAUUCUACCUGGCCACAAGAACCAGCAGAAAGACGUACUUGGUGGACGCGCUGGCCGUGGCUCUUCAUCAUCGGUAUCCUGACCGCAGUCCUCGCCGGCUUAGUAGGAGGUUUCAUUGGCAAGUCAAUAGAAGGAAACAGACAUAACAGCGCAGUACCCAACGCUCAGGCAAGCGCAUGUCCCUCAACGACCGCCUCUAGUCCAACUUCAACUACAAGUCCAAGCGCCAACUCCCAAAUCGUCAUCCCGAAAACAGGCUGUCCAGACGCCACAGGCCGCACAUUCCAAUCCUCCUUCUCAAACGCAACCUUCAAGCACUUCUGCAACGUGGACUGGACUGGAAACGACAUCGCUUCUGUGUAUGCUACUACCAUAUCCGACUGCGUCAAGACAUGUAGUACUGUGAAUCAGUAUGGGCGCAUCAAUAAGACGUGCAUUGGGGCUACUUUUGUCCCCGCUUGGGCGAAUAGGACACAGGCGAUGCAGAGUGUCGAUCGCCCGAGUAACUGUUUUAUGAAGUAUGCGGCAGAGGGGUAUCCUGGAAAUAAGAGGCAAGAAGAAACUGUUGUGGUGUGUUUGGAGGGGAAGUGUCCGUGA